AUGAGCUUGAUACUAGCGCCCUACAAUGAUGCCAUGCGCAUUGGGCAGGGAUUCAACUCGUACACUCACGAAAUCUGCAUUGAUGGAGCCGUUGUCGUUGAUGAUGCAACGACUCAGACGGCCCAGGCCCAUACAAUCGAGAAACCCUCACAGGUUGUCUCGUAUUCUGCGAGGGCUGUUGAGAAGCUCAGUGACGUUAUUCAAACAAUAAAUAUCUCGUACCCUCAUUCUAUCAAGAAGGGUAGCGUCACUGUCAGCGGCUCGGACACAGCCAUUGAUGAGGCAACCUUUAAAUCUGCUGACCUUAACAUCAUCGUCACGGUCAAGGUGACUAACCAGACGAUGCUAAUUAGAAGCAAUACUAGUUUCGUUCCAAUGAAGGGUAUCGACCCUGGUUCCCAAAAGUUCAACGAAGCUUAUGGUGAUUGCUAUAUCUCGGGAUUCAUCGAAGGUGGAGAGUUCACCGGUAUCAUUUCCAUCAAAGUCAUCGAUCGGAGCAAUGUCGACCUGGCAGUGAAGAGAAUCAAGGCCAAGCUCGAUGGUAAAGAAAAGGGCUCGGUGACCGAUUUCGCCCUUUACAGCCAUGAUUCAUUGUCUUCUAGAGGCUCCGUAAUGGAGAACACGGAGAGUCACAUCCAUGUCUCUUGGAUGGGUGGUGGCCAAAUCAAGAACGAGGAUACGCCUUGGGAUAUUGAUUCGAUCUUCAGAGCCGCAGCCGCCUUUCCAGAGAGGGUUGCGGAGCGCCCUCAGCUCACCUGGGCUAUCUUGACAAAGUACAAGUCAAAUCGGUCAUUCAUUGAGUGGGUUAGCAACAAGCCGGUCCAAACCCUCCAAUAUGAUCAAGUCAGCAGCUAUACUGCAGAGCUUUUUGACAGUUACAUGGACUACAAGAUCCUUUUGAAGUACGUCCAGCUCAUCAUCGAUGAUCCUGACAGCUAUGAGUCCGUCGACAAGGAUUCUCUCGAUACAUCCAUUGAUACACUUUUGGGCGUUCGCUUAGCAAUGCGCAAAGAGCAAAGUAAGAUUAUCGCAGCUGUCUCCGUACUGAGUCGCGACCCGGAUAUCCUGGAACGUCAAGGCGGAUGGGGAAACGGUCAUUUGCCUGCAGUAUUGGAUCGGCUCUUGAGUACUACAGGUUUCUUGGCAGAGAAGUCGAAGCCUUCCAUCCAGAAGGAUAUGAUGCAAGGCGGCGACUCAGCCCGCGAAAUGUCUGCUUCCCAAGAGGGCUUCGACUUUUCUACUCUGAUACCCGCCGAAGUCUGGAGAAAAUGGAUGCCAGUACCAAAGACUGUCCCAACAACGCUAUCUGCCAGCACAAAGCCCCAAACAUCGAGUCCCUUCUCUGGUGGUGUUUCUGCUAUCGGCCCUCCCCCCUCGGAGCAUUUGGACUGGAAUAAUCCUGGAAAUGUGGCAGAAACUGUUGGCAAAACACGUGCCCUCCACCUGCAAGAGGAACUAGACAGGCUCAAGUCGGAGAGCAGCAACAACCUAGAGGCUCUCAAGCAAAGUCACGAGAAGGAAAUGACGGAUUUGAGAAAGAAACACAGCGACUAUGAGAUUCUGAAAUCAGGUGAACAGACCGAAAUCCAAAAAACUCUGACGCGUUUGGAGGAAGAGAAGAACAAUGCCAUUGCUGCGGCUGAGAAGAAGGGGGAAGAGAAGUAUGCAGUCUUACAACAGCGAACCAACGAGUUGGAGGCUCAGAAUACGGCUUUAGCGGAUGCAAAGAUCGCUGAAAUUCAGAACCUGAAGAAUGAGAAGGACGCUGCAUUUGAGAAGCUUGGAAAAGAGAAGGAUGCUGCUUACAAAAACCUCAAUGAUAGCUACGAGAGCUUGAAAAAGCAGGAAAGCGCUUUGGCGGCAGAAAAGGCUUCUUUAUCCACUCGACUUAACCAACUGACAAACGACAAGCAAGGUGUUGAUGGUAAGAUCUCAACACUCAGGGACAUGAUAGGGUGGGCGGGGUUGAGCGAAGCAAGUGUGAAGUACAACUGCCUGCCCAAUAGUUACCAUGGUUGGAAUGUCAUGAUAAUGCACCCAGGCAGCCAGUUGGCUUUAAAUGCGAACAAGGACCAUUAUGAUAUGGCCUGUGGCUGGGUAUUGGACACAUCGUAUGACGAUGAAAUUUACCGUCUUCACAAGGCCGAUGUUGGUCCCGAGACCCCGUGGACAAUUACGAAUAUAGCCUCAAACAAACUUCUGACAUUUAUCAAUGGGGCCCCCGAUUGGCAGGUCCGCGUAAGACAUCCAACUGAUCUAGAAGCUCAAGGAAACGCUUCUAAGUGGUAUAUUGGUCGCGGAGACUUUUCUGGCGGCGUAACAUGGAAGUGA